AUGGAUCCUCACGGAGAGAAGUCGAAGAAACGAAAGAGGAAGCAUGCGAAGUUGGCAAGUACAUCAGUAGAGACUGCGGUCGCAGCACCUUCAGCCGCCACGAAGAAAACCCAUCCUUCAACAGAUCAAGUCAGAGAAAAGAGCAAAAAGAGACGGAAAACUUCACAUACCAGCGACGAUGAAUCUGAUGAUGGCGAGGGAGGGAAGUCGUCAGAACAAGAAGAACCAGUGUCCACAAAGGUUCCAAACGGCACAGAGAUAGAGAAUGACGCCAACGUCAGCGACGACGGAUCCUCUGCUGAGGACGACACCGCCGGUCCUGAACUCGAAGAAGCCACUGAUACGGUUAACAGAAGCACUGAGCACCCAGCUGCAGACUCAGAUCUACCCACGGACGUCGCCCCCUCACUCCCUGGCUCUGAUGCCACGCCACAAUCUUUCAGCGACCUGUCUCUGUCCGAGCGCACUAUGAAAGCCCUCACGGAUAUGAACUUCACUCAGAUGACGGAAAUCCAAAGACGAGGAAUACCCCCUUUGCUAGCCGGUCGCGAUGUUCUGGGUGCCGCAAAAACUGGGUCAGGAAAAACACUGGCUUUCCUCAUCCCGGCCAUCGAGAUGCUCCACGCCCUGCGCUUCAAGCCUCGUAACGGCACCGGUGUCGUCGUCGUCAGUCCCACCCGCGAACUUGCGCUCCAGAUAUUCGGAGUCGCACGUGAACUGAUGGCGCAUCACACUCAAACCUUUGGCAUUGUGAUCGGUGGAGCCAACAGAUCCGCCGAAGCAGAGAAAUUGACCAAGGGCGUCAACCUCCUCAUCGCGACGCCCGGCCGCCUCCUGGACCAUCUGCAGAACACUAAAGGCUUCGUGUACAAGAACGUGAAAGCGCUCGUGAUCGACGAAGCCGACCGGAUUUUGGAGGUCGGAUUCGAAGACGAAAUGCGCCAGAUCGUCAAGAUCCUGCCCAAGGAAGACCGACAGACAAUGUUGUUCUCGGCAACGCAAACGACCAAGGUCGAGGACCUCGCUCGGAUCUCCCUCAGGCCAGGCCCGCUGUACAUCAACGUCGACCACAAGAAGGAGCACAGCACGGUCGAAGGUCUCGAGCAAGGCUACGUCAUCUGCGACAGCGACAAACGCUUUCUGUUGCUCUUCAGCUUCCUGAAGCGUAACCUGAAGAAGAAGGUCAUCGUCUUCAUGUCCAGCUGCAACUGCGUCAAGUAUCACGCAGAAUUGCUCAACUACAUCGACCUGCCUGUGCUCGAGCUCCACGGGAACCUGAAGCAGCAAAAACGAACGAACACAUUUUUUGAGUUCUGCAACGCAAAGGCCGGCACCAUGGUCUGCACUGACGUCGCCGCCAGAGGCCUCGACAUUCCCGCCGUCGACUGGAUCGUGCAGUUCGACCCCCCCGACGACCCGAGAGAUUACAUCCACCGCGUGGGACGGACCGCACGGGGCUCCAACGGCAAGGGGCGCAGUCUCAUGUUCCUGCAGCCCAGCGAGGUCGGGUUCCUGAGCCACUUGAAAGAAGCGAGAGUCCCUGUCGUCGAGUUCGAUUUCCCCGCGAAGAAGCUGUUGAACAUCCAAAGUCAGUUGGAGAAACUGAUUACCCAGAACUAUUAUUUGAACAAGUCCGCAAAAGACGGCUACAGAUCAUAUCUCCAGGCUUAUGCGUCGCACAGUCUGCGGUCUGUCUUUGACGUGAACAAGCUCGACUUGGUGAAAGUGGCCAAGAGCUUUGGUUUCGCGACGCCGCCCAGGGUGGAUAUCCAACUGGGCGCCAGCAUGCAGAGGGAUAAGAAGCAAGGUGGUCGGAGAACGUACGGGAGCCAACCGAGACAGAACGGUCACGGGUUGAAAUUCAAAAGAAGAAAUGGUGAAUGA